UCGCCACUCUAUGGGGAUCAGUCAACGGACGGAGGCAGUGAGCACGAUGCAAUCUGUUAAUGGCUUCUCAUUUGGAAGGAUAAUCAUUACCGGAAAGGAAGACCCCACGUGGAUUGAAUCGUGUUUAAUUUAGCCUACGUCACAGCACUUUGGGUGGAAGAGGAAGCAGGUCACUUCGGCCCGUUGACCAGAGCCACAUGCCGCUCAUCUCAGCUACAUUCACAAAUAUUGGAACAUGUGGUCUUCCAUUCCGACACCCUUCCAUGUGGUUGUCAACCCCUAUCUCUAUGAUCACACCACUCAUGGGUUUGCAGUCGCAGUGCCCUGUCAGAUGAUCCCAUAUAACAAUCCUGUAUUUAUCGAUUCAUUGGCCGUGCCCGGUUCAAAUACUCGUGCUUCCCGAGAAAACGUGCUUUCCGGGACCCAGAGACCCAAAGGGCCCAUGUUUAUAAAAAGAGUGCCAUUGAAGAACAGUUGUGCUAGUGAUCCAUCCAGAGCACGUCUAUGCGCUGUUGACCAUAGAGAGGUGGAGUGUCUUCCGAACACUGUCAGAGAGAGUUUGGACCUCCUGGAUCACAGUGAAGACGUGUGGGCUAUGCAGCAAGUGCCACAAAAUUCAAAGGCCGAAGGCUGGCAGGAGGAAAGCGGUAACGCUGCACUGUAUGAGGACUCCUCAGCCCAGGCCAGUUCCUCUUUGAAUGCAGGGCUUGAACAGCACUUUUACUGGGGGGCACCUUGGCAAGCCCCCCAGUCUCCACCCAGCCAGGCACAGCGCUGGGGUCCCUCUGCUUGUACUGUGACUGGUUGCUCAUAUGAUUCUCCCUACAGCCUCGAUGGCAGUCAGCCGUCUACCACUAAGCUCAACCCCUUCGCCGCUAUCUACGCUAUGGUGCCCAAGCAGGACAGCCCCGCCCUGGCCAUGGCGACUGAGACGGCCCGGUGCGAGAGGUCGUCCCCUGGUGCGAGAGGUCCUCCAUGCCCGUCGUCCACGCCCAAGGUCGUCCACCCCCUUCGCGGGUCGUCCCCUCUCUUCCCCAGGCAGGCGGGUCGUCGGGGGGACCCCAUUCAGGGCAGCGUCGCGUCCUGCAAAGCGGACGUCCCCGAAAUGGACCAGGAGGAGAGCUCCGACUUCCACAGCUUCCUGGAGGACGACGAGAACAUUGUCUCGGAUGAGAGAAGCAGCAGGCCCAGGGCAGGCGCAGGCCGAGAACGCUCCGCGGGGGCCGGCGGAGAGGCCCCGCACACUGUCGAAAGGGGCACUUCCCCUUCCCCCCGCGUAGUCACGUCCGAUGUAUCAGUCGGUACGGAGACACGGUGUGUGUCGGUAGAGGCCCAAACGAAGGUGCCCGCAAUGGCAGACCAGAAUCAUCUCACCAUGUUGCAGAUGUCCGACCUGGACUACUUGGCUGAGGAAAUUGUGAAACUCAAGUCUGCCAAGAAGGAACUUGAUGAGCUAAGACAGAAACUGAAAAGCUCAGAGGAGGCCGGGGACAGGGUACCGUGUGAGGGAUUUUGUCGGCGGGCGCAGUGCGCUGAGCUGUGUCUGCUGGACCUGCACUACACCAUGUGCCAGCAGCAAGCCUGGAGGGACUGCUUCACCUCCCCUGAUGACCUCGCCAUGAGAACAGCACACUCUGAGCCCAAGGACCCUCCGGCCAAGCUUGUUAAUGUCUGCGAGAAGCUCCAGUGUGACUACAAAGAGAUGAGGACCAAGAUCCUGGCUGGUGUGACCCUGGAGCAGCUGGAGCCUCUGUUCGUCAGCUCGGCGAGACUAACCUCUGGCUGCCCCUACGGCCCUCCAAAGCUCAUUGGUGAUGCUUUGGAGGAUGUCGCGACAAGCUCUCGGCCACUGGAGGGAUGGGACUUGGAAAUGCAUGGAGGGAAAGAAUGUCCCCUGUUUCCAAAGAGCGAAGACCCGAAGGAGGCUAAGAGACGGAAUGCUCCAGUGGCUCACUCCACGGUGAAGCGCAGAAGAGCGGUGUCCCUAACGCUCAAGCACAGUGGGACAGACAACAAGCAGACGGUGGAUCGUGUGACUGAGGUAGUGGUCGUGGAGUCUCAAAUGGAGGGGGAUUCUACUGAGUUGAGCACCGGCGAGGUGUGGUACGAUGCUAAGGAGGACCCGGAACCCGCCGUCGUUAUGGUGCCGACCGGACAGGGAGACACCCAUUCAGGGAGUGACGAAGAGAUAAAAGAAGGCUUGCCUAAGAAGGUGGAGGAACAGGGGAGCUCAUUGGUCAUCUCUGGACUCCCCAAGGAUGUGACCGAGAGCGAUGUGAUGCAGUGGUUUGAAAAGGACCACGUUUCUGAUGUCAGAUUCUUCAUUUUCAGCAACCAUCUAAGAGUUGCCAUGGUGACCAUAAAGGGCCCUUUGGCUGCUGAGUUUGCCGUUGGGAAGAUGAAUGGCGUCUGCGUGCCGGGCUCCACUUUACAUGUGGGGCACAUCAGACCGGUUACCGAGAGCUUGAGUCCAGCCCUGCAGAUCCCCGUCGCCUCCAGCAAGGUACCAGAGGAGACAGGUGGUGCAACGAAACCCAGUGCCAACAAAACCCACUCCAGCCUCACUGUGGGAAAGGUGCCCGGCUCAGACAAGCAUGAGGUCCUGAGCGACUCGCCCACGGCGGAGGGCACCUGCGUGCCGCAGCACCACGCCUCCAUGGGCAGCUUCGACAAGCUGAUGGUCGCGCUGAAGGAGCGCCACCCGGAGGCUGGGAGGCUGGCCAUAGUGGGCGCUCUGCAGGAGAUGAAGACGCGCCACCGGGGCAGCCUCAGCGGCCUGCCGCUCAGUAGCAUUGUGGAGGUGGCGUCCAAGCAGCUCGCUGCUAUGUCUUCUUCCGGCGCCACAGCAGCCAGUGGAGGGAGUAGGUGAUCACCACAGCAACCUCAAGAGGUAGUUUUGGGGGGGCGUGGCAGCACCCUGAAGGGAUAGUUGAGGCGUCGCGGCACCCUGCGGAUCCCUCAAGUUUUUUAUAAAUACAUUUUUGUUUAUGUUUAUGUAUAUUAAGGCCUAUAUAUGUUCGUUUUGUUUGGAAGGUUGUUCCCUAGGUUGUUCCACUGCUCCAUAGGUUGUUUAUGGAGCGGUGAUUUGUUUGUUUAUGAAGAAGUUAAUUGUUUGACCGGAAAGGUUGAGUUUAUUGUUUUUUUUUGUAUUAGACAUUGUUUUUCUUUUGUGCCUUCCUUAUGUCUUUACUUACUUAUCCUUUUUUUCUAAUAUGCUCAAUUUGUAUAGGCACCAAAGCUGUGUUCAUAAGUUAGUAUUCUUUGAACUUAUGGGUGUUUGAAUACCAUAGAAUGUUAGUCAUGUGGUUAUUCAUCAAUAAAAAAAUAUAUGUAAAGAAA